AUGGUUCGAUUUUAUCGAGCUCUCCAAUCGUCGGAUUGCAGCUAUUGUGGCGGACUUUGGCAAUGUGCCGCGCGCCAAAGAAACGCCGCUGCAAGUGCAUCUGGGGCAAGCUAUAACAUUGGCCUGAAAAACACCGAGAACGGGAUUGUGACAAGGUUUCCUCCUGAGCCUUCUGGCUACCUUCAUAUUGGGCAUGCAAAGGCCGCCCUGUUGAACGAUUAUUUCGCCCAUGAGUACCUCGGUCCUGAGUCGAGGGGCGCGUUUAUCUGUCAUUUUGACGAUACCAAUCUUUCGAAAGAGACCAAGGAGUUCCAGGAUUCCAUUUUGGAGGAUUUGAACUUGCUGGGAAUUCAGCCUGAUCGCAUCUCUUACUCCAGCGACUACUUUCAGAAGAUGUAUGAGGGGUAUGUCAAACUCAUUCAGCUCGGGAAGGCCUAUACAGAUAACACGCCAAAAGACGUUAUGAGAGAUCAAAGGGGAAAGGGAAUUCCCAGUGCGUGUCGAGAUAUGAGCGCGGAGGACAGUCUUUCCCAGCUUGCCAAGAUGAAAGCAGGCUCGGGCCUGGAGUGGUGCAGUCGCGCAAAGAUCUCCGUUGACUACCCUGAGAAAUGCCUGCGGGAUCCAGUCAUGUACCGCUGCAACCUCCAGCCUCACGACCGGACGGGAAAAACAUGGAAGAUCUAUCCAACCUAUGGUUUCUGUGCCCCGUUCCUCGAUUCCCUUGAGGACGUCAAACACGCUCUCCGAACUAACGAGUAUCGAGAUCGGAAUCCGCAGUACUCCUGGAUCCAGGAGGCUCUGAGGGUCCGCCACGUUGAUAUUUGGGAUUUCUCGCGUCUCAAUUUCGUUCGAACUGUACUUUCAAAGCGAAAAUUAACUGCCUUGGCUGAGAAGAGUGUUGUCUGUGACUGGGACGAUCCUCAUAUGCCCACAGUGCGUGGGAUCAGGCGUCGAGGAAUGACAGUCCCUGCGCUUGAAGUUCAUUUUGAGGCAAGGGCCAAGGCAAAACGUGAUCAAUCUUGA